CCGUCGGACUGUAUACAUCGCACCGAUUAGCGGGUCGAUGGUAGUGCCUCUUUAUUAGGGAAAAAGAUCGGAAAUUUCAUUGUGGCUAUAUCUGACGUAGUGCUAUGGUUAGUGCAUGCGGUGCAGUAUCUUGAUUGGAUGCUCUAAAAUUUGGCUCUUAUGAGCGUUAAGGACAAUUUGUUUGCCUGGAUCUUCAAAUGUCCCUUCUUGUCACAUUUCGGAGAGGAGACAUCAAGAGGAAGCAUGGCUGAAGGAAGCAUUGGGAGAAUAUUCAUCCGUCGACGACAUGCUAACGUAUAAAUACACGCUAUGUAUGGGUCAAAAUCGGAGAGGU